UUAAAAAUAUAUUGGAAGAAAAUUAUUCACGAUUUUUACAGAAGAGAACAAGUUAACACCCGCUUCGUCGGGAAGAAAUAUGUUUUGCUAUCAUUGCCCGCCAGCUCUCCAUCCAGCGAAUGGAACUCAUCAGCAAAGACUUCCAACUUUGGAAUAUCCUUUUGCUCCUACACAUCCUUAUACAAGUUAUUCUUACCACCCAGCCAUACAUGACGAAACAUUUGUUAGAAGGAAACAACGACGAAAUCGUACGACAUUUACUUUACAACAGUUGGAAGAGCUAGAAACAGCUUUUGCACAAACACACUAUCCAGAUGUAUUUACUCGAGAAGACUUAGCGAUGAAAAUAAAUUUGACAGAAGCUAGAGUUCAGAAUCGUCGGGCAAAAUGGAGAAAGUCAGAAAGGUUGAAAGAGGAUCAAAGGAAAAGGGAUGGAAGCGACCCAAAUGGAGAUGAUAAAAAUGAUGGAGAUAGUCGAGAAUCGUCCUCUCCCAAUGUCACUGGCGAUGUUGACUUAGAAGAUGAAGAUGGGAGAAGUUCAAGUGUCGCACCAUCAAGUCCACGAUUGGAGUCAGAGAAUGAUCGUCCGUUGUCGAAUAAUAUGAGUCACCAAUCGUGUUCAGGAAGUAAUGAAGGCAGCCUUUCACCAGCAUCAAGAGUUCCAAAUCCAACCACAACAAAUUCAACGCCAUCAAGAUCCGAUUCCCCAAUUGAAGUGGGUGGACCUUUGUCACUUUCGACUAAAACCAAUCACUUAAAUGGACAAAACUUCCAUAGUAAUAUUUUUGGAAGUUUCAGCGAUAGUGGCAGCUUCCGGCCCAAUCCGAUGCUGGAUAAUGGACAACCUCCACUUUUCUUACCCCCUCAUUUAGCAUCUUUGAGCUCACAGUUUACACAACCGUUGUUCUCAGGAAUGAAAGGUUUCUCUGGCAUGUGUUCGUGUUGUCCUAUAAGUAAAACUCAACCGACUUCUUCUACUUCUACAACUUGUUCAACCGUUUCAACAGAACCAGCAACAUCACAGACAUGUACUUUGAACCCAGCAUUGUCAUCUGAUGCUAGAUCAUCGUCUGUAGCAGAAUUGAGAAGAAAAGCUCAAGAACAUUCCGCUGCAUUGCUUCAUAGUCUUCAUGCUGUCGCUGUUUCUGGCUUAUCAUUUCCAGGUCUUCAUUUUCCACCACUUUCAUUACAAAAAUUUUCAGAUCAUUAUGCCUUAUCAAAUCGAAGCAAAAAUGGCCAUCACCAUCUUGCCGCAAGUGAUUACAUAAGUGAUUUGUCUCUUCAACACAAUAAUAACAAUAAUAAUAAUAACAACAACAAUAUUGUUAGUAAACUUGAACCGAAUGAUAAAUUAGACAACAUAGUUAAAAGUAGUGGGGAUUAAGGUGCGAUUUAUGAUUUACUUAAAUGGAUAUUACGUACGA